GGCGCAGGCGCGCCGCGGGCUGGUUAGGCCGUUGGAGUCCUCAUGGAGCCGGAAGUGUUGCUUCGGAAGGUGUCGGUGUUACAGGCCUGCGUCCGGGGCUUCUUGGUCCGACGCCAGUUCCAGAGGCUGCGAGCUGAGUAUGAGGCGAUUGUAGGAGAGAUCGAGGGCGACCUGGGUGUGCUUCAGUGGACUGAAGGCUGGAUUCCCAGGCCCAGGUUUCUCCCAGAGAAGGCGAAAUCGUGUGGGACCAGGAAAGCAGGAGACAGGGUACCCAAUGCAGAGCAGCAGCUGCCGAGCCACUUCCCUUGUGAAGAGCCUGAGAGACAGGCCCCCUGGGAGGAGAAGCCGGGAGAGAGCUCAGCAAACCCAGGACGUCUUCCCGGCCGAGAUGACAGCUCCUGGCUUCAGGCUGAGCAGAGCAGGGAGACCAGAGGCACACCAAGCGUGGAGAACCCAGAUGCCCUGGGUCCCGGAUUGCCCCAGGGUCUGUCAGAGCUCCAGUCCCACCGCAGCCACUUGGCCAUGGAACUGCUGUGGAUUCAACAAGCCAUCAAUAGCCGGAAGGAGUACUUACUACUCAAACAAACACUGAGCUCCCCAGAGGCAGGCCAGACCAGAGACAAGCCCAGGAUGUGCUCAGACCCCGGGGGCCAGGCCUGUGGGUGGAUCUGGUCAGAACCAAGUCCAUCACUAGAGGACCAGUGCUACCGAGACAGGACCACCACAGAGCUAACCCACACAGAUGACUGCUGCCCAGGGGGCAGACCUCAAUGCCACAAAUCCCCAGAACGUCUGGCUGCUACAGAGAGAAAGCUCCCUGGGGCUGAGAGCAGAGGACCAUGUUACAGGAGUGCUGGCCCACAGCCGCCUACGCCGCCAGCCAGCCAGGCUAGCAGGCCCAGGCUCACCAAAGGGCCAGACCGUGGAGAACAGGCACUUGAAGGGACCUGCCUGCAGCAGGAGCAACUCCUGGAGGACCAGACUCCUGGAGGCCUCAAACCUAGAGGUCACUGUCCCAGGAAGGCCAGGACACAACUGCCUGUACUCUGUGAGGACCCCAGCAUUGAAGACAAGUCCUCCAGGUGGCCCGACCACCAAGACUCUGGCAAACAGCCAGGCCCCAAGGGGCGGGCCUCUGAGACGAUCAUAUGAUCUGGGAUAGGACCAUAGCAGGGCCAGAGCCUGGUGGCCCAGAUCUCAGAAAGGUUAAACCAGCCCAGAGCCAGGCCCCCAGUGAUAGACGGUCCAGGGAUGGAACCUCCAUUGAGCCUAAUCACCACGGAUGGAGAAACCAGAGGACUGGACUGUGGAGUUCAAGGCCACCUGAGAACCUUUCUUCUGCAGGGUCAGACGGUAUAGGAGAGGACCCGUGGAGGAGCAGGCUGUGGAAAACAGGACCAGCAGGCUAAACCCUGGGGAGCCAGGGAGGGCCGAGUCCCAGAGGAGGAUGCUAUGAGGGUGCUGAGCAGGGCAGAGCUUCAGCCCGCCUCCCUGGUGCCAGCUCUGUCUCCGGCCCUGUCCGUGGUCAUGGCUGGCUGGUGGGGCCAAGAGAAGCUGGAGCAGGGAGCUGGCGGGAGUGAAGGGAGGAGACGGGCAAAGGACACGGCUUUCGCCUCUGCCUGUGGCUCAAUCCAGAUUUCAGGACAGGGAGUCUCCUGGGGGAAGUGAAGUAGGAAACCUGAUGGAGAAUAAAGGC